AUGUCUCGCCUAGCCCACGGUAAAGAGGAUGUCAAUAGCCUGAGCGCCACCCACGCCUCUUCCUCUUCCAUAUACAACCCCGCCCUCGAGAAGCGCGUCUGGCGCAAGCUCGACUUAUAUGUACUCCCAGUUGUUGCCAUGUUUUACUUGCUAUCUUUCUUGGACCGGUCGAACAUUGGAAAUGCUCGAGUCGCAGGUCUCCAAAAGGACCUCAAAAUGACUAACAACCAAUACUCCAUGGCACUGACUGUUACCUAUAUCCCGUAUAUCGUCGCUGAGCUGCCCUCAAACUUAUUGCUUCGCGCUGUCGGCCCCAAUCUCAUGCUGCCAACGAUGCUCACGCUCUGGGGAGUGGUAACCACGCUCCAAGGUCUUGUCAAAAGCUAUUCUGGACUCCUAGCAGCACGCUUCUUCCUCGGGCUGCUUGAAGGUGGCGUCUUUCCAGGGCUCGUCCUCUACCUCUCACUCUUCUAUCCACGCCAUAAGAUGAACACUCGUAUCUCUGUGUUCUUCUCGUCAGCCUCCCUGUCAGGCGCCUUCUCCGGCAUCCUUGCCUUCGGUAUCAUUAAGAUCAAGGAAUCACCCACACAAACACGGCCUGGAUGGGCAUGGGUAUUCAUCGUCGAAGGUCUUUUCACGGUUUUGUUUGGCCUAGCUUCGUUUGCCCUCCUUCCUCGCUCUCCCAAGACUACUCGCUUCUUCACGCCAGAAGAAAGAGACUACGUUGUCCACGUCCUCGAGGGAGACACCACCGAGGGGGACGAAUUAUUCAGCUGGCGCGAGGUCCGCCGGGCGUUCAUGCUACCGCAAGUGAUGACACUAGCAAUCAUAUUCUUCUUCAGCGGAGUCGUACUCUACGGACUAGCCUUCUUCGCCCCAUCAAUCAUCGUGGGUCUGGGAUACACUGCGUCGACAGCCCAAUUGAUGAGUGUCCCGCCGCUUGUGGCUGCUUUCGUCGUCGCCAUCCUUUUCGCUUUCAUAUCCGAUCACUACAAAUGCCGCGGCCUAGUCACCAUAAUAACCUCCAUCUUCUGCACGAUCGGCUUCGCUAUGUUCCUCGGGUCUGAAAGGCACUCCGUACAAUACAGUUCCCUUUUCUUCUCUAUAUCUGGUGUCUAUGCCAUGGCCCCCGUACUCUCCACCUGGUCAUCCAACAACGCCGCCCCCCACACGCGCCGCGCGACCGCUAUUGCAAUUGGUUUCAUCUGCACCAAUUCGGGUGGUAUCCUCGCAACAUGGUUACUGGGCUCUCUGUCGGCAGCUCCGCGAUACCACAGCGCAACGAUCGUACUCUUGGUGUUUUCCGUCGCAAUGGGUCUGUUCGCUGCCGCGAAUUUAGCGUAUCUUGCGCGGGAGAAUCGGCUCAAGGCGGAGGUGCGUCGGACGUUGCCGCGGGUGGAGGAGAAGAAGGGGUUGGGAGACCAGUCAGCCUGGUUUGAGUAUCUGCUGUAG